AUGGCGUCCCUCCCAAGUUUCUCAGCUUUUGGGAGAACGCGGUCGUCUGAUACUUCUCCGCCAGCCGCCUCAUCAUCUCAGCCUGACCAGCACCACAAUUAUCAGGAGCCUGCAAAUGAACUUUCAAAAGAAGAUGAGGCAGUCCUACUAAAUGAAUCUAUAUCAGAAGAAAUUGAAAGGCCAGAUGCGAAAAUUACCACUCGACCCGCAAACACCCUAUCAGUCCCCGACGAGCCCCGGAAAUGCUGGAUUUGUUAUACCGAUGAAACAGAGGAUACCCCACUUAAUUCAGAGUGGCGAUCACCGUGUCCAUGUGCGCUGACAGCUCACGAAGCCUGCCUUCUUGAUUGGCUUGCUGACCUCGAAAACCCGCGCGCCCGGAAGCGCACCGGUCACAGUGCGAAGAUGCGGCUAGCCGGUCGAUUGGUGCUUCCUGGAAUGGUGUUUACGCUGGCGGGCACUGUCUGGGCUGGUUGCUGUGCGCACGGUGUAUAUUCAAUGUACUUCGUCUUUGGCACGGACGAGGCGAAACAGAUUCUGGAGGAAGCGGCGGAGGGUACCUGGAACUCUGGCCUUAACAUGGGACUGCCGCUUAUACCUUUGGUAUUAAUCUUCUCCCGCACUCGUUACGCAGAGGGCCUUCUCCCUGCCAUUCCUGUCCUCUUUUUCGCGACGCAUAGCCCAGGGCAGGAGCCAGAUCUUGAUCUAUGGCCUCCGAGUGCUGCUGUGACAUUUGCAGCUCUCCCGUACAUCAAAAGCUUUUACGGUGCCCUUUACGAGAGAUUAUUUGGCAAGUGGGAGCGGAAAUGGAUUGCCGAGGUGCAGCCCCGCCAGGCAGAUGUAAAUGAAUUCGACGAUAACGCACCUGAACCAGAGCAAGGACCGGUGGCGGCGGAUGAUGGACAGAUCCUGAUGGAGUUCGAUCUAGAGUUUCAAGUUGGAAUGGGAAAUAAUGCGGACCAGCAGGAAGUUCUGGGGUUGCAAGGCGCAAACCAGCAGCAACAGCAACAGAAUAAUCAGAAUCAAGGAGGUGCAAUCAAUGGUCAAAACCUCGUCCAUGAAACAAGCAGCCUUGCGGAUAUCGUCCUUGGCGCGCUCGCGUUCCCAGCUAUCUCAGCUACUAUGGGAGGACUUCUUAAGUACGUCCUGCCAAAGUCAUGGACAACAGCUUCGACUCUGGAAAGAGGGCGGCCUGGCCUGUUGCAGACCAGAUGGGGCCGGAGCGUGAUUGGGGGUUGUGUUUUUGUGCUUCUCAAAGACGCACUAGUUCUGUACUGUCGGUGGAAGCUCGCGCAGACUCAUAGGCGGCGCAAGGUACUGAACUACGACCGAUUGAAGAAACGGGUUACGCGGUAA